AGCCCAGGAAGCGGCGGCGGCCCCGCGGAGCCUUUUCCUGCCCGCGGCCCCGGAGCGGAGCGGAGCGGCCGGGCCGCACGGACCCGCCGGGCACAGCGCAGGAGAUGACCACGCUGACCCACCGGGGCCGGCGGGCGGACGGCAGGAAAGGGGACGGCGAGGAGGAUGUGGCUGCAGACAGGGAGCUGAACGAGGAUGAGCCUGAUGAUUCCAAAGAUAUCAGGCUCACCCUGAUGGAGGAGGUGCUGCUUUUGGGGCUGAAGGAUAAGGAGGGCUACACCUCCUUCUGGAACGACUGCAUCUCCUCGGGGCUGCGGGGGGGGAUCCUGAUCGAGCUGGCUCUGCGCGGCCGCAUCCACCUGGAGCCACUGGCCCUGAGGAAGAAGAGGCUGCUGGAGAGGAAGGUGCUGCUCAAGUCGGAUGCUCCGACCGGGGACGUGCUGCUGGAUGAGACCCUCCGGCACAUCAAGGCCACGGAGACGGCAGAGACAGUUCAGACCUGGAUAGAGCUGCUCACUGGAGAAACCUGGAACCCCUUCAAGCUGCAGUACCAGCUGCGCAACGUGCGGGAGCGCCUGGCCAAGGCGCUGGUGGAGAAGGGAAUCCUGACCACGGAGAAGCAGAACUUCCUGCUGUUCGACAUGACCACCCACCCUGUCAGCAACACCUCUGAGAAGCAGAGGCUGGUGAAGAAGCUGCAGGAGAGCGUGCUGGAGCGCUGGGUGAACGACCCCCAGCGCAUGGAGCGCAGGACUCUGGCCCUGCUGGUGCUGGCCCACGCCUCGGACGUGCUGGAGAACGUUUUCGCCAGCCUGGCCGAUGACAAGUACGACCUGGCCAUGAACAGGACCAAGGACCUGCUGGAUAUGGACCCUGAGGUGGAAGCUGCCAAAGCCAAGGGCACGGAGAUGAUUUGGGCUGUGCUGGCAGCUUUCAAUAAGUCCUAAAGCUCCUCCUGGCGUGGUGUGAGCCAAAGGGACCUGGAGUUCCUGGGGCAUCAUUGGGUGGGCUCAGCCUGGGGAGGGAUCAGGGGAUUUUGGUUUCCCCUCGCCAGGCAGGGGUGGGAGGUGAGAGCCCCCCACCACCACAGCCUCCAGGGAGGGGUGGCAGUAGCUCUUCACUCCUUGUCCUUGGGGAUUUCCUUCUGAGGCCAGUGCAGAGCUGGGGGAGAUGCAGGAGCUGCUCGGAGAGGCCAAACCCCGGCACACACAGGGCUGGCACACACUCCUGGGUGCCUCUCACAGCCUGUGGGUUCCCCUGAGGAGCUCACACCCUCCUGGGGUGGGUUUUGGGGGUGCUGGGCAGUCAGGACCACCCCCCAUUCCUGGCUGUCACCUCCCCUGCGUGUCUCCAUGGCGGAGCAGCUCUGCAAGGACCCCCGGGCUGUGCCCUGAUGGCUCAGCUGCUCUUUCUAGUAAGAAAAAAAAAGUUAAACUGUGAUUAUUUUUGUUCACACCCCCAUUCCUUCCUCCCUCAAUUUAUUCUCCUGUAGUUCACUUAAACAUAUUUCUCUGCAGCCGCGGGGUCUGUCCGU